ACAGAGCUCAAUCUCUCUCUAAAUAUGGCGAGGGUAAACCCUAAUUUUCUAUCUCUUACUCUUCUCCUCUCUCUCUCCGUCGCGAUCGCCUCCGCUCACGUCUUCUUUGAAGAGCGCUUCGACGAUGGAUGGGAGAGUCGUUGGGUUAAAUCAGAUUGGAAGAAAGACGAGAACGUGGCUGGAGAGUGGAACUUCACGGCUGGGCAAUGGCACGGUGAUCCCAAUGACAAAGGUAUCCAAACAAGUGAAGACUACAGAUUCUAUGCUAUUUCAGCUGAGUUCCCUGAAUUCAGCAACAAGGACAAGACACUUGUCUUCCAAUUUUCUGUCAAGCAUGAACAGAAACUUGAUUGUGGUGGUGGCUACAUGAAGUUGCUUAGUGGAGAUGUUGAUCAGAAGAAAUUCGGUGGUGAUACCUCUUACAGUAUCAUGUUUGGACCAGAUAUUUGUGGCUACAGCACCAAGAAAGUGCACGCCAUUCUUAACUACAAUGAUACAAACCACUUGAUCAAGAAGGAAGUUCCAUGCGAAACUGAUCAACUUACUCAUGUUUAUACAUUCAUCCUCCGUCCAGAUGCUACCUACAGCAUCCUUAUUGAUAAUGUGGAGAAACAAACCGGUAGCUUGUACUCUGAUUGGGAUCUUCUCCCUCCAAAGAAGAUCAAGGAUCCAGAGGCCAAGAAACCUGAAGAUUGGGAUGACAAAGAAUAUAUUCCCGAUCCCGAAGACAAGAAGCCAGAGGGUUAUGAUGACAUUCCAAAGGAGAUCCCAGAUCCCGAUGCCAAGAAGCCUGAGGAUUGGGAUGAUGAGGAAGAUGGUGAAUGGACAGCCCCAACCAUUGCAAACCCUGAGUACAAGGGCGAAUGGAAGCCAAAGAAAAUCAAGAACCCCAACUACAAGGGAAAGUGGAAGGCACCAAUGAUUGACAACCCAGAGUUCAAGGAUGACCCAGACAUUUACGUGUACCCCAAGUUGAAGUAUGUUGGCAUCGAGUUGUGGCAGGUGAAAUCUGGAACCAUGUUUGACAAUGUUUUGGUUUGUGACGACCCUGAGUAUGCCAAGCAGCUGGCCGAAGAAACAUGGGGAAAGCAUAAGGAUGCUGAGAAGGCAGCUUUUGAACAGGCUGAGAAGAAGAAAGAGGAGGAGGAAUCAAAGGAUUCACCUGAUUCCGAUGUUGAGGAUGAAGACGAGGGUGAUGAUGAAGAUGUUGAUUCCGACUCUGAAAAGAAAUCCGAAUCAGACAAGAAGGAUGAGGAUUUACAUGAUGAGCUGUAAGCGAGAGAGAGUACUACAACUAGUUAUUCUGAUAAAAAGAAGUUUCGAGAUAAGCUUGGGCAUGAAGUAGCUCCCGAACUUUUUCUCCUUUUUAAUUUUCAGCCGUAGGGAGUUUUUUAUUUGUUCUUAUUAAUCUUAGAAAAAGGGCCUGAUAGCUUUAAUAUCAUUUUAACUGAGUCUUUUUUCAGGACAAAGAGGAUAUUUGCCUUCUUUAUGAUCAAAUUUUAUCAACUAGUGUGAACAAUCGGAGAGCCAAUAUUAUAUUUGCAUGCCCAAUUGCUUGUUGGUUCCCGUUUGA